ACCAACCACCACCAUCGCCACUGCAUUGGCCUUAAAAUCUCCUCCACCCAAAAUUAUAAUCAUCCAAAUCCAACCUUCUCUUCCUCUUCUUCUACUUCUUUCUCUUACUAUUGAUCUCAUCUCUUGUUUUUCUUUACCAAAACCAUGGCUACUGCACUCACUGCUGCAGUCUCUCUUCCAUCGUCCAAUUCUUCAUCUUUUUCCUCCAGAACCUCUAUUACUAACUUGGAAAGAAUCAGCUUCAACAAGAGCUGCUUGUACUCUAGGAAUGUCUCUGUUGGUGGGAAAGUAGCUCCUAUCAGAGCUCAGGUCACAACAGAAGCCCCUGCUAAGGUAGAGAAGGUCUCCAAGAAGAAUGAGGAAGGUGUGGUGGUUAAUAUAUUUAAGCCCAAAAACCCUUACAUUGGCAGAUGCCUUCUCAACACCAAGAUCACUGGUGACGACGCACCAGGAGAAACUUGGCACAUGGUCUUCAGCACCGAGGGGAAGAUCCCAUACAGAGAAGGGCAAUCUGUUGGGGUUAUUGCAGAUGGUAUUGACAAGAAUGGGAAACCCCAUAAACUGAGAUUGUACUCCAUUGCCAGCAGUGCCAUUGGGGACUUUGGGGACUCCAAGACUGUUUCUCUAUGUGUGAAGAGGCUUGUUUACACAAAUGAUCAAGGAGAAAUAGUAAAGGGAGUAUGCUCAAACUUCCUAUGUGACUUGAAAGCUGGAGCUGAGGUGAAGCUAACUGGACCUGUUGGGAAAGAGAUGCUUAUGCCCAAAGAUCCUAACGCCACAGUCAUAAUGCUUGCCACUGGAACUGGAAUUGCUCCUUUCCGCUCAUUCUUGUGGAAAAUGUUCUUUGAGAAGCAUGAAGACUACAAGUUCAAUGGUUUGGCUUGGCUGUUAUUUGGUGUUCCCACCAGUAGUUCAUUGCUUUACAAGGAGGAAUUUGAGAAGAUGAAAGAAAAGGCACCCAACAACUUCAGGCUUGACUUUGCUGUAAGCAGAGAGCAAACAAAUGAGAAGGGUGAGAAGAUGUACAUCCAAACAAGAAUGGCCCAAUAUGCUGAGGAGUUAUGGGAUUUGCUCAAGAAAGACAACACCUUUGUCUAUAUGUGUGGGUUGAAGGGAAUGGAGAAGGGAAUUGAUAAUAUAAUGGUGUCUUUGGCUGCUAAAGAUGGCAUUGAUUGGAAUGAGUACAAAAGGGAGUUGAAGAAGGCAGGACAGUGGAAUGUGGAAGUCUAUUGAUGCUUGCUUCUUUUUAAGAGUGUCCCUGACCAAAGAAGCCCCUUCCAAAAAUUUCAUUUUGCCAUGUAGAUAAGUAACCUUUCAAAUUUCUGUUAAUUUUGUUCAUAAAGAAGCUGUUAUAUUGGGUUUUUUUCUUCUUUUUUUUCAAAAGUUUUACCCUAAGAGGGAUCAUGGAUCAUACAAGAUAAGAGUGAACCAACUUCAACCUCUUGUAAGCAUUCUCAACUCCUGUUGAUAUAUUAGUCCCAUUUAUUCAGUAUAAGUAUUUUGAUCCCAA